AUGCAGCCGCUCUUCCUCUUGUUAGCUUUUCUGCUGCCCCUUGGGGCUGGGACAGACUUUUCUUUUGGAAAAGAUCAUGAGGCCAAGCCCCACUCUCACCCCUACAUGGCCUUCAUCCAGUUUCUGCUGGAGAGUAAGAAGCUGAGAUGUGGUGGUGCCCUCGUGCAAGAGGACUUUGUUAUGCCUGCUGCUCACUGCCGGGGCAGCUCCAUCAGCGUCACCCUGGGGACCCACAACAUCAAGAAGCAGGAGAGAACGCAGCAGGUCAUCCCAGUGAGGAGAGCCAUCCCCCACCCAGACUACAACCACAAGGGCUUCUCCAAUGACAUCAUGUUGCUGCAGGGAGACUCUAGGAGUCCCCUUGUGUGUAAAGUGCAGGGAACUUUCUCCUAUGUGCAAGGUGCCCCUGGGGUCUUCAUGAAGGUCUCACACUUUCUGCCCUGGAUGAAGAGAACAACGAAGCAUCUCUAA